UUCUCGACAUCAAGCAGUUCAUUGAGAUCUGCCGCCGCAAGGACGCUUCUUNCUGCCCGCAUCAAGAAGACCUCCGCCCAGCAGAUCAAGUUCAAGGUCCGCUGCAACCGCUACCUCUACACCCUCGUCCUCAAGGACCAGGACAAGGCCGAGAAGCUCAAGCAGUCUCUUCCCNCCUGGUAUGCGACCAAAAAAAAUCCCCCGAAUAUCAACACCCCAAGAGAGAGAGAGAAGAGAAAAAAAAACAGGCGAAACAAUUGGCUAACCACAUCUCGAAUUUCUACAGGUCUUACCAUCACCGACGCCCCCAAGAAGAACCAGAAGGGCAAGCGCGUCGCCAAGUAA